UUGAGUCAGAGCAAAUGUUAAACCAGUUUCGCACCCGGAUCCAAUCUUCAACCCGCUCCAACCCGUUCAAUUCGUUUUCCAGUCCUGUGCAAACCCUAAUCCCCAAAUCUUCGAAAACCCUAAAAAUGUCUACACUCCAAACGGAUGGAAAACCAAGGAGACUCGUAUGUCCAACUUGUUCUAAACCUGCCCGAGUCUGCCUCUGCAAUAGGAUCCGGACCCGGAACCUCGACAAUUCCGUAAGUGUAACUAUUCUUCAACACAGUUCAGAAAGAAACCAUCCUUUAAAUUCAACUAGGAUUGCAAAGUUAGGACUCAAGAAUCUGAAUGUAGUCACUGUUUCUGAAGUUGAUUUUGAAGCCCGGUUUGAAAUCAGGUUGUUGGAACCGUGCCUUGAGUCAGGUCUGGGUAUGGUUGGACCGGAAAGUUCUGGGGUUGUUCAAGUUUUGGGAAAGGAAGAGAGCCGGAAAUCUGGUUUUGAGAGUUUUGGUUUAGAAGUUGAGGGAAAUGGGAAGUGUCCUGAUGAGAAAAAUGGGAACUUGAAUGAAAAAAAUGGAGAAUUUACUCCCUUUAGUUUAGAAAAUGAUGUUAGUAGGAACCAAAAUGGGGUAAAUUAUUUUAAAAGUGUCGACUUUUUUAAGGGUUUAGAUGUUCCUAGUGGUGAUGGACUGUUGUCAGAGUUAACUGGUAAAGAAUAUGAUGUUGCAAAAGGUUCAGUGGCUAUGGAGAAUCCUUGUGAGAAAUUAGAUGAAGGGUCUAAUUUUGAUGAUACAAAUAAACCUGUUUUAGAUGACAGAACUGAUUGGCCUAAAACAAGAGGUGAUAGAAUUGAUUUUGAUCGAAAUGGAACUGUUUGUCGAGAUAGAGAAGGGCCUGUGAUUGGUGCUACAAUGGUUAAGUACGGAAAUGUUAUUGAUCUUUCUCAUAUUUGGAAAGUAGAUAUAAAUGGGAAGAAGCUGAAGUUUGAGCACAUUUUGGAAUCAACAGGGGCCAAAGAAGCUUUGUCCUGUGGUUUUGUUGUGAAAAAGCUUGGAAGGAGGAAAUCAGACGGGAAAAUGGAGGUGGAGGUGGAAGUGGAAGAGAAUGAAGAAUUUGAAGUCAAGGUCCCACGAGGAUCAGUACUUCUAUUCCCGAGCCAAGAUGCAGUUGGAGUUGAUGAGCUUCAAUCUAUGCAUUUCGAGGUGAAGAAUUUGAUUGUGUUGGACGGGACUUGGUCCAAGGCAGGGAGAGUUUACAAUGAAAAUCCAUGGUUGAAGCUUUUGCCCCAUUUGAGGUUAGAUUUGGACAAGAUGAGCUUGUAUAGUGAAAUAAGGCAUCAACCGAAGGCAGGAUGUUUGUCAACCAUUGAGAGCAUUGUAUAUACUUUGAAGGCUUUGGGUGAUAAUGCUGAUGAACUGGACAAUCUCUUGGAUGUAUUUGAGUCCAUGGUUGGAGAUCAAAGGCGCUUGAAAGAUGAAAGGUUGAGCAAACGCUCGAAAGAAUGAUUCUAUUAAGUUUUGAUGUUUCAGUUUACUUCGUUUCACACUAAUAGCCUUAUGCCCCUAUGUAUCCGAAGCUUGUGAAGAACGUUUUCUAGCUUGGUCAUACCACUUAUAGUGAGAACAUUGAAUUAAAUGU